UCACACAAUUACAUAACUUUAUACACGGCUACACACGGUCUGAGUGCUUUUAAGUCUCUAUCAACGAAUACAUCAACACUGGUUCUCUAGGUUACAGACGUGCAAUACCAUCAAUCUAAAACUCUGUUCAGGGUUUUGUUUUUUUGUUUUGUUUUUUUAAUUUGCACAUAGAACAAACAGGGUUAAAUGUGCAAGUGUUUCAGGAAGAGGUAGGUCUUCACCCGUCGUUUGUAGAUGACAUCUAGGGGAAGUUCGUUUCGUUCUACCACUUUGAUGCCAGAACAGAAAGGAGACUUGCUGUAUGCCUAACUCCCUCCCUGAGAGAUGGUGGGACCGGUCGAGAAGUGCUGGUAGAUCUGCAAGGAGUGACUAGAGCUUUGGGGUGAUUAUUCUCCCUCUGUAGUGUCCUAGCAGGACAUGGAGGAGUGUGAGUUGCCCCCGGCAGGCAGGGAUCACCCCUGGAAAACUGCCACAAUGAGAAGGCUGGCAUGGGCACAGAGUCGAGAGUCCUGGCAGGCCCCAGAAUCAGAAGAACCUCUUAAUAACAACAACAAACCUGAAGAAACCUCUGAGACAGGUCCGAUCCCUAACAACAUAGCGAGCUGGCUGAGAGAAUGCAGGACUCCUUUUGGAGCUUCUCUAGAUGAGCAGUCCAACAGUCCAACCAAAGGACCACAGAGGAAUGGCUGUAGCUUUGAAGAUGACCUGUCCUUGGGUGCUGAAGCCCAUCUACUCCAGAGCAGCAGUGCCAAACCUGACCCCAGUAACUAUGACAUGCAAGCACUGGAGAAGAGGAGUCAGUUCAGACAGAAGGGUCGUAGUAUGAACUCCACCGGCUCAGGAAAGAGCAGUGGCACCGUGUCCAGUGUCUCAGAGCUGUUGGAUCUGUACGAAGAGGAUCCAGAGGAAAUCCUCUACAACCUCGGCUUUGGCCGUGAAGAGCCUGACAUCGCCUCUAAAAUCCCCUCACGAUUCUUCAACACCUCGUCCGGUGCCAAGGGCAUCGAUAUUAAAGUUUAUCUGGGAGCACAGAUGCAGCGCAUGGAGCUGGAAAAUCCCAACUAUGCCCUGACCAGUCGUUUUCGCCAAACUGAGGUUCUGGCUACUGUGGCCAACGUCUUCUCGGAGAUCUACUCCCAGGUCUCAGGUCGUCCAAUUCAAAAGAUCUGCCAGAAGGCUGAGGCAGAGCCAACUGAGCCUCCCCCACUACGGCGGAAUAGCUCCACUCUUAAUGCAGUGAAGAUCCUGAAGAAGAACCUCACUCGACCAAAUCUCAUGGCCUUGGCAGAGAUUAUGUCAAAAGAGCCCACAAAAACUGACCCAGAGGGAACAAAGAACAGUGUUUGUGAGCCUCAUUCAGAUGCUGAGCCCAGGCAGAAGAUUUUCAGGAGGAAAGACUCAUUACUGGCAACAGUAACUGAGGAGUCUAAUCAGUCUGGGGUCGAAGUUUGUGACUCAGAGACAGAAAACUCCAAACUUGCUAACGGAGAACGGUUGACUACAAGUUUUUCCGAGAAACCCGAGGUCGGAACGGAUGUUUGUGACACACCGCUCUCGGUGUCCGAGCAAAGCAACGGAGAAAUUGUUGAAUCGGAAUCGAGUAUGAUCCCGGAAGAGCAGAAGACUGUCUCUUCCUCUUCCCCUCCAGAUAAAGAGCCCUGCCCUCUCAUGCCCAAUCCUCACGUGGCCCAUCUCCUCGGCCAGCCACGAGACUCCUUCGAGAUGGAAGAGUUGCAGAGUAAUGAGGAUGAGGCUGUUUCUGGGAUUCGCUGUUUCUCCAUAGAGGGCAGUGAGCCUUUACUGAGGACAGGUAGUCAACAGUCAGACAGCAGUGGCUUUGCAGAGGAUCCCUCAUCAGAAGGCUCAGCUAAUUUCCUGAAGGUCCAGGAGAGCUCGGACAGCUGUGACAGCGAAACAACUGUGACUGCUUACACAGUUGAAAGUGGAACACCUGGGACUCUGGAACACCCAGCCUUUGAAAGACUGUUCAUGGAUGAGGAGCUACUGAUGCAGACCAGUAUGGGGCUCUUUGGCCCAAUCGGAGCUCGGGUGGUCCCUGAACUUGUGAGCCAACAGGUUCCAAGUCAUUGUAUCAUGGACAAGACAAGGCUGGAGACUCUGGAGACUGCUGUGUCUGAGACAGAAACUCAUGAUGGACUUGCUGAUCCUGUAAUUGAAACAAGCUCUAGCACAGAAUCACUCUGCACUGUCGAGUUUACAGAUCCAGAGCCAUCUAUAGAUCUUGUUUCAGCCCCAAACACGUCUAAUACAAGUGAAGAGAUUACCCCGGUGGGUGAACAAGAUAUGACAGCUGACAGUUUAGAACAGAUAGGUUUAUCUGCACCAUCAAGCUCUUCCAAUCCACGUGAGCCAGUGUUAGAUGUACCCACCCCAGGUCAAAGUUUAGAGCCUGUUCCUGAGUCUCAGAUUCAAGAGGACAUUAGCACCUCAGCUAGGGUCCGUAGUGCCUUGCUUCGGGCCCAGCAGAGGACAACCUCAUGCGAGGAUCAGAGGGGGCGGGUUUGGAUUCGGUCAAGAGACCUACUGAAGGAUCUCAAGGAGGAGGCAAGGAACCCACUUCAAAGGUCCAGCUCUCUCCCAACCUCUCUGCUGAGCCCAACUCGGGUGGUGUCAUCUGUGCACAUCCAGCUAGGUCAUGGCUCAGUUCGUCAGUGCACGCCACCGUGCUACAGCUAUCGCUAUGAAGAGGAACCAGAGGAGGUCACAUCCAUUGCAGGGGAACAAGACAACAAAUCUCAGUCCAGAUACCCAUCUAAUUUUGUUGAUUCAGCCAGCUUAAAUCUAGAAACAGAGCUAGACAGCACAGGAGUGCCUCCGUACCCCAUGAACGUGCCUCAGCAUUUGACUCGGUCGACUAGCUCACUGUACAGCACUCCUGCGGAUUGGCCCUUGCGGCAUAUGGCAGAAGCACAAACUCUUUGGAGCACAAACAGCGUUCCUGAUCUGACCCAGCAUACAAGGAUACCACAUCCUGCUAUUCCACGUCACAUCCAGCAAGAACUUCCUCAAUUCCGAGGACCAGUUGGCUCCCCUUACCAGAAACCUAUACCAGUUAGGCCCCUUAGUCACAGUAACACCCCUGUCAACAGCCCCUGCCCUUGCACACAAAGUGGGAUGUAUUCCCAGUAUCCUCAGCCACAGAACUCACCAUUUCCUCAUUCUGUAUACACACCGCCUCAUGGUUCAAAUUUCCCCAAUCAAAAUAUUUCUUAUACCCACCCACACUGUAUGCCUUACCAUCCUCACGCACCCUUCCCGUCUCCUCCUCUAACUAAUCCUUAUGGUUCCUCAUUCAAUUUACAACUGCAUUCAAAUCUCUACAAUCCUCAAGUGCCUCUUACCCACUCCUACAGCGCCCCCUGUAGCCUGGCCUGUGGUAACACACCUUAUAACCCCAACAUUCCCUACGGACAUCAUUGUAACUCCCCAUUCCACACACCACCACCCGCAUUUUCCCAAAUGCCUGUUUCAUUCCCAUCUGACACACCAACUCCUCCUCCAACUAUCGGUAGUACGGAAAUGCAGCUGCGUCGAGUCCUACAUGACAUUAGAGGCACUAUGCAGAGUUAUGGCCAGACUGCUCCUCAUCAACAUGAUGGCACACAAUCAGGGGUACACAGUCCAGUUCAAGCUGUCCAACCACUCCAUGAGGAGCUGCAGAGGCGACUGAAGAACCUGAAGGUUUUUCGGACUCAGAUGAUGGAUCUUGAACUUGCGCUGAUGAGGCAGCAAUCCAUGGUUUAUCAGCUUCUCACUCCUGAAGAGAGGCAAGAGGCAGAGCAGCUGCAGAGGCUCCGUGUCGCUGUUCGUCAGGAGCUGCAGGAGUUGGAGCUGCAGUUGGAGGAUCAACUCCUCACUCUGGAUGAUCAGAUUCACUCAGCGCACAGUAGUCGCCUCUCCCGUCAUCUGCUGGACAUGUCCAGGGGUCAGAGCAUGGACAGUUUAUCUAGCUCCUCUGCACUCAGAGCUACAGAGCCGGUGACUGAUCUCUUGCGGGAGCAGAUGUAUCUCCAGUCAGAGCUGAGUUAUGACGGCACUAGUGCGGUCAACACUCCGACCUCUGCUCGUUCGUCGAGGUCGGUGAGUCCGGUGCGAUCCCGUGACCUCACAUCGUCUCCAUCACGGAGAAGAGAAGGAGUGUAUCGCUCAACGGUCAGCUUGACACCAUCUAUUCCUUCGAGAUCAGGAACAGAGACCCGGGAGCAAACACCACAAAGGAACAUUAGCCCUAGAUUACCUGAGGUCACAGCUCGCAGAACAGCACAGAGUGUCUCAGACCACACCGAUGUCAAUAAAGAGCCUUCAUUUCAGAAAAAUAAAGGAGAAGAAGAAGGAGAAAGUGGAGGAGAGGAAGCUUUUGGAAAUGCAAAUAUAAAGCAGCUCAUCCAGCAGAUAAAGAAGAGUCUCGCAGAUGAGAUCAGACAGGAAAUUGUCAAUGAGAUUCUCGCUGCUGUGUCACCACAGAGAUCUGUAGCAACACAAGAGUCGGCACCAUGACAACGGUGACUAGCAGCUGAAGAGGAGGACUGCUGUGGAUCUAAGCUCUGAGGAAACACUGCUCUCUUGAGUUCAACACACACUACUGCAGCUCAAACCCAAACCAAUCUAUCCAGUUUGACACCCCACGUUCUCCACUACAACAUUCUGAAAAUUAUACUACUGCUCCAGAGAUGAUCUUCUGCUCCUCCUCAGUUCCUCACACCAACAUGGGAAGCCCCAGGCUAAGCGGAUAAAAACCUGUAUGGGCUAUAGUUGAACAUCUCCUUCAAGACAAAAGCCCAAAGGUUAAUGCAGUAUAAGAUUGAUUAACCUCUUGUAAAGUUUAAAAUGUUAUUUAAAAGCACACUUUCCACUUUAGCUAGCAAGCUAUCCAAGUCGUUCAUUCACCGAAUUACGUGAUUGCAGCACCCAUUUUAUACGAUUUAUUCAUCUAAAAACGUUUGCAAAUGCUAGAAACAUUUACUGUGGUCAUUAAUUUCAUUUUCUCCACUGUUUGGUGUUUAAAUUGGGUUUUUAACACACAUUUGCCAUCAAAAGUGUUCACACCUUUGCCCAAUUUGGGGCUUUAUCCAUCUAAGCCGUCUUCUCCCAACCAAAGCCAGGCCUAAACCUUUGCCCAAGCUCAGACUUUAUCCACUGAAGUGGGGCUUCGUCUUUCCAAGCUCUAUCUUCCACGCCAAGAUGGGGAGUAUCAUGCUAAAUGGGAUUGUUUGAUGCCCAAGUCCAAGCGUCUCACACCUGAGAAGAGGAUUCUGCUGCUUCUCAUGCAAGCGAAACGUUCUUGUAUUGAAUCUAUGGAUUCUGCAAACUGGGCAGGGGUUUCUUCUACCCAAGUAAGGUCUUUAUCUGUCCAAGUCCCAGAGGGGGAUUCUGUGCCUAGCUACUGGUGAUUGAUGCCCAAGCUAGGGCUUUAUCCAUCCAAAUGAAGACUUCAUCCACCAUAAAACCCAAAGUUCUUUCCAAGCCCAAGUUUGAUGCAUAAGCCAGGGCUUCAUCUGUCCGAGAAGGAUAUUCACACUCAAUUGUAGGAUUCUUCUCGGCCCAAAAUGAAUAUUUUCACUCACAAGUGGGGGAUUGUUAUGCCAAAGUGGGUGGUUUCUUUUACUCAAGUGGACUAUAUCCACUUAAGCAAAGACUAUAGCUAGUCUAAGGCUUCGUCUGUGGAUCUUUGGAGCAGUUGGCUUUUGCCAUGGAUUACAGCAGGAAAAUUUGUCCACUCUUCAAAUACACUGAAAAACUUCAACCAUUCAUUUGUUUAUUUUUACCCACCUGUAGCAACCGCACCUUCAUACACUACUGCAUGGCAACACUUCAAUCUAAUCUAGUCCAAGACCUCAACCAGACAUUGUUACCCACAAGGGGGAUUGCUGCACUGGAUCUGUUUUACAGGAUCGUCCGCUUGAACCCAGUAAUAAUAAAUUGAUCUGCUAGUCUCCUCCAUCUGAGGGCAUGAAAGUAUUCAAGACUUUUUUUUUUUUUUUAAAAAACAAAAACUCUGCAAAUCAUUUCAUACAAGUUUUAUAUGGUACGCUGCCAUCUUUCUGGGAAAAAAAAAACUUUUACCUUUGUUAUUUCUUCUAUUUUUAUUAUUUUUUAUUUUUAUUUUUUAUUUUUAAUGUUAGGGUGAAAGGUGGCCAGGCUUGAAGAUCACACAAUAUAGGUGAUGGUGAAAGCAUUUUGGUGUGUUUCUGUACAUAUCUGUGAGUUUUAUCUGCAGCCUCUGUGAGGUACUAACCGUGCAAUAUGUUUCACUUGAACUGACCAGUCACAACUGCUGUUUAUAGAGCUGCCACUUUAAAAAGAGAAAGGGAACACGAGUGUAACCACAAACACACACACACACUCUUCCAACUUUAUAUCGGGAGUCCAUGACGCGCUUUAUGUGUAGAGAUUAAGCUUUCUGAGCACAAGCACUAAAUCUGCUAUUGUUGCUCCGGUCUUUUAUGACUGAAGCUUUUUUUAUGCAAAGCAACCACUAGUUUGUUGGAGGGAAAAACUUAUUUGAAUUAUUAUUUUUUUUUUUUUCCCCCAAAUGUGCCAUGCUGAAUGUCAUACGUGCCUUUUGCAAGUAAAAAAUUUCAAGUGUUAGACGGAUGACUUCCAGCCUUGCGUAUGUGACGAGGUGAUUUCCAUAGCUGAUCUUUGUUCUAAUGAGUUGUAAUAUUAACUGAUUCACAUUUUUUGGCUAUUUUUUAAAGGGAAAUGUUAACUUGUCAUUCGGGAUGCAUGAGGAAUUUAUCUCUAAAGCAAAUCAUUAAUAAAGAUUUAUUUAUUUUGAAUAUA